AUGGCAAUCACUUUUAACAAGCCAAUAAAGGAAUGGUAUUAUGAAGAAACAUCCAUUUGGACCUUAGAUUACCCAAUUUUUUUUGCAUACUUUGAGUGUGCUCUUGGCUUUUUAGCAAAUAAGUUUGAUCCCAAAAUCUUAGUACUCUCUAAAGAACCAUACUUUACAAAAAAAACUUUAAUUUUUCAAAGGUUGAGUGUAAUAAUUACAGAAUUGAUUUCACUGGUUCCACCGAUUAUUCUAAUAUGCAAAACUAAAUCAAAAUCCGAAACUAGCUCAUUAUAUUUAUCGCUUUUCUGUACAAUUUUCAAUGCAUCUUUGGUAAUGGUUGAUCAUAUACAUUUUCAAUACAAUGGAUUACUCAUGGGGAUUUUGCUAUUAUCAAUUUAUUUAACGAAUAAUUACCCAAUAUUAUCAGCUUUAGUAUUCACUUUCUUAGUAUUUACAAAACACUUUUUUAUUGUGCUUGCACCUUUAUGGUUUAUUUUUUUGUUAAACACUUGCGUUAAAAGAUCAGAAGGAAAACCAAAAACUUUUAUUAAGUCUUCUCUUAAAGUUUUAUCUGCAGUUUUAUCAGUAUCAGCUUUUGCAAUCGCUCCAAUUAUAAUCAAUGGGCAAAUAAAACAAUUUUUUUCAAGGUUGUUUCCUGUUUCAAGAAGUUUUAUUCAUUUCCUUCCUGCAUCAAACCUAUAUACUUUAUAUGCAAUUGCUGAUAAGUUACUUGCAAAAUUUAAUUUGAUCCCUUGUAAAAUAUAUAAUCUUGAUCCAGAAGGUCAUUAUAUUAAAUCGAUGAAAUGUAUCCCACCUAUAAAACCUUUUUUCUGCAUUGCAAUUUGUAUAUUGUCUAUUAUUCCAGUAAUGGUUCGUCUAUGGUAUAAUCUGAGCAAUGUAAAAAAACCAAUGAAAGCCAUUUUAUUAACUUCUUCAAUUUCACUUUUAAUAACAUUUCAAUUUGGAUUUCACAUUCACGAAAAACAGAUAAUAUACGCAGUUCUACCUUUAGGAAUUUAUACAAUUUUAUUCUCUAGAAAUGACCAACAAUUUCUAGUUUACUAUAUUUACUUAAGCAACUGGUCUAAUUUAUCUAUCAUGGUUUUACUCGAAACUUACCCUGAAAAUGUUAUUAAAUACAUAAUUGUAACUGCCUACUACAUAUCACAAUUAUUGUUUUUUAAUAUUAAUUUACGUGAAUACAGCUUCCACAAUUCUUUAUUUAUUUUUGGAACAACAAUCAUUUUUUUCCUGGAAUUUUUCUUACAAAAAUUGGUAUUUGAUAAACUUCAGCUUGUGUUCAUUUUUCACGCACUAUCUUCCCUAAUCUGCACAUUCCCUAUACUAUAUUACACAUCCUACUUUUAUUAUAACUGGGUUUUCAGCGCAACUAACAAUUCAAAAACUAAUCGAUUUUCAAAAUAA